AUGGAAAAGUUUGGUUUCAAUAAAGUAUCAAAUCACCCCACUUCUCCGUCUCAACCGAAAAUCACUCACAACAUUCAUAUCCCGCACCCUCAGCUUCCGGCACGGGCGCAUGCCGAUCAAAAUGUCAGGAAACAGUUGAUUGUCAGCAACUCUCCGGGCAACGACGUUGUCGUGGCCAACUGUGUUGCUGUCAACCCAGGUGAUUUUGCCCAUGUGCCCAACAAGAGUCCCGUCAUAUUGGACGGGGUGAUUGUCUACUCAAUUGCCAAAGAUGACCGGAUGAAGCCCGGCUUUAUUGGGUUGGCGGCCAACAUGCGGUCAUGGGGCAAGUACUCCUACGACCAAGCUGUGCAUGUGGAAAGCUACGAUAUAUUCAAGUCGGGGCAGCAGCAGCAGUACUUGGGGGCGGUAGAUUUGCUGAUAGACUUUGUCAAGCAAAAGGCCAAUGCCUCGCCUUUGAACCAUGAUGAAUUGGUGAGCAACUUCCAUCAAAAGUAUGACAAUCAAAUCUUGCAACCGACCCAGGUGAUUUACAUGGAGUUGCAUGGAGUUUAUUACUGUGUCAAGGUUGAGCUGGUGCAAGUGAUUGAUGUCAACACCAAGGACAAUCUCCCAAGCUUCCAAGACUCGAGCGAUAUAAACACCAAGGGGAUCUUGAUCAAGUCGUCCGACGUGGUAUUCUAUCCCUAUGAAGGGUCCAAGAUUGCAAUCAACAAGAGCAAAAGUUUGAAAUCGAGGAUAUUUGGAGGUGGUGCUAGCGAGUCUCGCCAUCGCACCAGAAAGCAAAUCAUCAACCCGGAUUUCAAGCUAGAGGACUUGGGAAUCGGUGGUUUAGAUGCCGAGUUCCAAGACAUUUUCCGUCGUGCUUUCAACUCGAGAAUCUUGCCGCCUGAAAUUGCCGAGAAGUUGGACUACAAGCAUUGUAAAGGUUUGCUUUUGUACGGUCCUCCUGGUACAGGUAAGACUUUAAUUGCUCGUAAGUUGUCGAAAAUGUUGAAUGGUAAAGAGCCCAAGAUUGUCAAUGGUCCCGAAAUGUUGAGUAAAUUCGUUGGUGCUUCGGAAGAAAACAUUCGUAACUUGUUUAAAGACGCCGAAGCUGAGUAUAAACAGAAAGGUGAGGACUCCGAUUUGCACGUGAUCAUUUUCGAUGAAUUGGAUUCCGUUUUCAAGCAAAGAGGUUCAGGCAAAACCGAUGGCACUGGGGUUGGUGACAAUGUUGUGAAUCAGUUGUUGUCCAAGAUGGAUGGUGUCGACCAGUUGAACAAUAUUUUAAUUAUUGGUAUGACCAACAGACUCGACUUGAUCGAUACGGCCUUGUUGAGACCGGGUCGUUUUGAAAUCCAGAUUGAGAUUGCGUUGCCCGAUGAAAAGGGAAGAAAGGACAUCUUCGCUAUCCACACCAAGAAAUUAAAAGACAAUGGAUUGUUGACUAAGGAUGUCAAUCUUGACGAGUUGAGUAUCUUGACCAAAAAUUUCACUGGUGCCGAAAUUGAGGGGCUUUGCAACUCGGCCAAGUCGCAUGCCAUAUCCCGCCACACCAAAAAGGGGUCCUUGGCUCAAAUCGACUCGAGCUCGAUUGCCGAUAUGCAGAUUACGAGAAACGAUUUCCUCUUGGCUUUAAACGAUAUCCGUCCCGCGUUUGGUACCGAUGAGGAAGACUUGACGCUGCAAGCCAAGCACGGGAUCAUACAAUUCAAUCUGACGAUAAGGCACAUUUUUGAAAAAGGCCAGUCUAUUAUCGAUGUGGUUAGAUCGAGCGAGUCGGAGACGUUGAGAAGCAUGUUGCUUUAUGGUCCCCCAGGUGUCGGCAAGACCGCUAUUGCCACCACAUUGGCAUUGAAUAGCGAUUUCCCUUUCAUCAAGCUAUUGUCAGCUGAAACCUUGGUUGGGAUGGGCGAAGCGAAAAAGAUUCAGGAGAUUGAUAACACGUUUAGAGACGUGCACAAGUCGCCGUUGAAUGUGUUAGUGAUUGACAAGAUUGAAAACAUCAUCAACUACAACCCCAUUGGUCCGCGAUUCUCCAAUGACGUUUUGCAAGUGCUCAUGGUUUAUUUGACGAAGCAGCCACCCAAGGGCAGAAGAUUGCUCAUCAUUGGUACAACUUCGCAAUAUUCCGUGCUCAAGCACAUGAAUUUGACUGAUAGUUUCAACGACGUGAUUCCCGUGCCCCCCAUCAAGAACUUUGAGGAGGCCGGCAAAGUGUUGGAUAGAUUGGGGUUCAUGACCGCGGAGGACCGACACGAGAUCUUGAGGCAAUUGUCACAGUACGAAAUAAACAUUGGAGUCAAGAGCUUGAUCGAUGUGCUUAUGGUGAGUCAGUACUCCAGAGAUAGUGUGGAUGAAGUUGUCGCCAAUAUUGUUGAGAAAAUGAAUGCCUAG